AUGAGGCCAGCUUCUCGCAUAUCAAGAGCCUUAAAUAUUCUUCAGCGCUUGUACACCACUUCGCCGACACCUUUGAAUAUUUUAUUCUUUGGCUCUGAUCAAUUUAGCAUUCAUUCACUAAAUGCACUUCACCAGUUGAAGAACGAAGCCCCAGAUUUGAUUGGUGGGCUACGAGUAGUGACCAAACCCACUAAGAAAUGCGGCAGAAACUUAUCGGUCACCAAGACUGUCCCUAUAGCCGACUUCAAUGCUAAAUUAGGCCUUCCGCCAAUUAUAGAGUGCGAUUCAAGAGAAGAGAUGCUGGGUGUAGUGAUGAAGGCGCUUCAAAGCGAGAGAUAUGACAUGAUUGUUGCCGUUUCGUUUGGGAAACUGAUUCCAAAGGAGCUUUUGAGUAAGGUACCGUAUACACUCAACGUACAUCCUUCCCUGCUCCCGCGCUACAAGGGCUCGUCACCAAUCCAGUACGCAUUAUUGGAACAAGACGAUGUGACUGGGGUAUCCAUACAAACACUGCAUCCUGAAAAGUUUGACUGUGGAAAAAUUAUCGCCCAAACACAGCCCCUAAAGCUUAAAAAGUUACUUGAAGAGACAAGCGUUUCUGAGCUUGAUUUAAGCUCUUACGCAAGCUCCGACGCUACGCCCAAGGUGAACAAAUUAAUGGAUAGUCUGGGCUACCGAGGGUCUGAGCUUUUAGCCGAUGUGAUAAGAAACCGACUUUACGAUUCUCGCGAGGGCCUGGUCCCGCCGUAUGCCGAGAGUUAUGCGCCAAAAAUCACCACACAGAUGCGGCAGAUACAAUGGGCCUCGGAUACGGCUCUUAGAACUCUCAGCAAAUUUGAAGCACUCGGGUCUACGUUUGCUCUCAAAGAAACCGGCAAAAAGAAUCACGACACAAAAUUGAAGCGUGUUAUAUUCCACUCUUUGACAAGAUAUGAAAGCGAACCUGUGCCAUCAACACUAGGACUUCAGACGGGAUCUUUCGAAUACGAUGCAACACAGAAAUGUGCAGCACUGCGAUUUUCAGACGGUAACUGUCUCAAGUGCACUAAGAUACAAUUCGAGGGCUUUAAAAUCGAAAGCCCUGAGCAGUUUUUCAAGAGUCUUCGCAAGAGAUGCGGUACGCUCAGCUACAAGAUGAAUUUUGUGUAA